AAAACACACACACACACACACACACAAGUGAUCUGAACAUGGGAAAAGAUGAUGUGAAGCUGUUGAGCAUGUGGGCAAGCCCAUUUUGCAUGAGAGUGAAGGUUGCAUUGGCUGAAAAAGAUGUUGCUUAUGAGGAGAUUUUAGAGAGUGAUUUGAUGGGUGCCAAGACUGAGUUGUUGAUCAAAUCUAACCCUGUCCAUAAACAGGUGCCUGUGCUGUUGCACGAUGAUAAGCCCGUGGUCGAGUCCACCAACAUCCUCACCUACAUCGAUGAAGUUUGGCCUGCAAAACCCUUGUUGCCCGCUUGCGCGUAUGGGAAAUCCCGAGCCAGGUUCUGGGCCGACUAUAUUGAUCGCAAGGUGUUUCCGGCCGGUCGUAACGUUUGGACCGCGAAAGAAGAUGACCAAGUAGAAAGCGCUAGGAAGGAAUUCCUCGAUAUCUUGAUGUACUUGGACGGAACUCUGGGCGAACAAGAUUACUUUAACGGCGAUACCUUCGGAUUUGUGGACAUUCUGCUCAUCGGUCUAACCUCAUGGUUCCCCGCCUUUGAGAAGUACGGUGGGUUCAAGGUGGAGGAUGAGUACCCGAAAUUGGCAGCAUGGAUCACACGAUCCUACGCUAGAGAAACGGUUUCGGAAUCGUUAACGAGCCCAGAAAAGAUCACCAACUUUGUAGGGAUGAUGAGGCAGAUGUAUGGCAUCGAAUAGAUCAAGAUCAUUGGCUUACAAAGAUUGGUUACCUCUGAAUGUUAAGCAUCUCAUAUGGAACGGAAGAGAUGAGAGAAUAAAAAUGAGUGGAAAUAAGAAUGUCUGAAUGCAUUUAUGUUUUA